CUUGCCUAUGUUAAUGCAGUGGCGAUGCACGAAGAAAACAACGAAGAAGCCGUGUGACUUGCGGUAUUAGAGAUGAGAUAAGGUGGCGCUUGUCCAACUUCCGGUGUGAAGAGGAGGUCCCCCGAUGCAUCCAGGUCCCUCUCCAAGUUAUUCUGGUGAGGAACUAAUGUUAGAUUAAUAAAAUUAGGUUACAGUCAAAUACAGGAAGUGAAAUUCUGUCAAACUUAACUCAGAAUUUGUUCAUGAUCAUAAAAACAACCAAUAAGGUCACAGUUCAUGAGAAAAAUGACCUUGCUUAAUGAACAUGAUCAUUCUGUUUGUGAUUUUUAUAGACAUUUUUCUGAUCACUUUAGGUGACACAAGUUCAAUUAUUCUUGUUCAACAAUGUUGUUGUAAUUAAUACAAAAAAAAAAAAAAAUUGGAAAAAAAACUGAUGUUUAAUGUUAGUAUUUAUUUUUUGAACGAACAUGGCCUUUGAAAUUAAAAGAUCAAGUAACUGGUUUGUGGUAUUUUCCUUUUAAUAUAAGAAUGUGAUAAUUUACAGGGAAAUAAGUAUAUAAUGGGAUAAUAUCAUUCUUGUUUUUGUUUUUAAUAAACUAGCUCCAGUUAUUCAGAAAACUGAAGUUCACAGUAUUGCAGAGUACAUAUUUCAUUUGGUACUCCAAGCCCUGUGCUAAAAUUCAAAAUAAGCCAGUAAAACCUCUACCACACCACAUAUAUUGCUUGUGCAGUCAUGCUGCUUCUCUCUCUGUGUGGCGGGUAUGUCUGAGUGCCAUGUUCCACGCUUUCCUGCCUAUCUACUAGUUGUUUUUGUUUUCUGUGUGAUUAAACUAAUUUGAUCUGCUAUGGAUGUUAAAUACUGAUACAAGUGACAUAAAAAGAGCCCAUAGUAUUUAAAACGUAGCCCAAAUCCGCGGGAAAAUUGCGGACCUGGCAACCCUAGUCAGCACAUUUGUACUGGGCAUGUCUCAACAUGCUGUGCACUUGUCUAAACAUCACUUCAUACUGUAGUUACACACAUUUGAUAAUGUUUGCCAGCUGGGUGGAGCCGCGUUGAUAUAAAGUGAGAUACAGCCCUGUGAUUGCAUUGAAAAUAAACAUGUUAGGAAGCGGUAGAAGCGGGAAGACGAGAGCCGCAGCAAAGAGCCGCUCCUCCCGUGCUGGGCUGAAGUUCCCUGUCGGUCGUGUCCACAGGCUGCUCCGUAAGGGAAAGUAUUCCAAGCGUGUGGGAGCCGGAGCCAGUGUGUACCUGGCGGCUGUGCUGGAGUACCUGACUUCUGAGAUGAUGGAGCUGGCUGGUAACAUGGCUCGUGACAGCGGGAAGAGACGUAUCAUCCCCCGAUACCUACAGCUGUCUGUUUGCUUUGACCCGGAGCUCAACAAGUUACUGAGACGAGUGACCAUCCCUGAGGGCGGCGUGGUGCCUAACCUGAAUCCCGCUCUGCUGCCAAAGAGGGUCCACAAACUCGUCAGACGGGAGGGUUUAAGCGACAUGUUGUGGUAGUGUGAGAAGAAACCCAACGGCUCUUUUCAGAGCCGAAUUACCGGCAGAGACAUUUCCUUGAGAUGAUCAGACUCAUUCCUACGCAGUGCAUUAAUGACUUCUUUUAUCUGGUAGGAUUGAGGUAACUCGGAACUGAACGAGUAGUGAGAGUUUUAGAGCUGGAUGUACGUGAAUACCAUGUGAAAGCCCCCCUGUCCUGAAGGAAAUAAAAGUCUAGUUACUUUA